AUGGUGAGUUUAGAAGAGUUUCGUGCGUACCGUUCGCCGUUGAAGGAUUUCUACGAUGGGAAAUACGUGCUGCUUACCGGCGGUAGUGGAUUUCUAGGCAAGCUUUUGAUAGAGAAGCUAAUCAAAUGCAACGUGGCAGAGAUACUGUUGAUCCUUCGGCGUAAGAAAGGGCUAAGCCCGGCCGACCGGUUGGAGCAACUACUCGGCAGCGAGGCUGUGUUCGUGAACUACGCCGAAGAUCCGCAGCUGUAUCUGUCAAAGAUACGACUCAUCGAAGGUGACAUCAGUGAGGUUGGCGUCGGCAUAGCUAACGAUGAGCUGCGGUACAUUUACGAGCAAACCAACAUUAUCAUCCACGCCGCUGCGGAUGUGCGGUUUGACGAAUCGCUCAGGGAGUCGGUCCAAACGAAUGUCCGUGGCACGCAGGAGAUGUUGAUGAUUGCCGAGCAGUGUCAAAAACUAGAGAUAUUCACCUACAUCUCGACGGCCUUUUCGCACUGCGUGUUGGGUGUUAUUGAGGAGAAGUUCUACGAGCCUCCCUUCGAUCCAACUGUGUUGAUCAAAGUGUCGGAAAAGGAGGACGAUUCCGACAAUUUUGAGCUGCUGUCGAAAAAGAUCAUCAAACCGUGGCCUAAUACGUACGCAUUUACAAAAUCACUCUCCGAGGAGAUAGUACGGCGCUAUAAAACCCGGCUUCCGGUGGCGAUUAUAAGACCUUCUAUCAUUACAACAACCCUUGCAGAUCCGAUACCCGGCUGGACGGACAACCUGUACGGGUUCAACGGAGUCGUGUGCGGUGCGGCAACCGGUGUCCUGAGAAUAUUCCACAUCCACAUGGACUACAAGGCGAGCGUAGUACCGGCCGACACCGUCAUCAACGCAACGCUAGCCGUCACGUGGUACUCGGCCAACCACCGCGGGGAGGAUAACGUGUUCAACUGCACCACCGACGACAAUCCGGUAACAUGGCACGAAACGCAGCUGCAGCUGGAGCAGUGGAAAGAUCGCGUUCCGUUCGAUAAAUCCCUGUGGAUAACGACGUACAACACGACCCGCUUCAAACUGGUUGCGGACAUACUGUCCAUCUUCUACCACGUGCUGCCAGCGCUGUUUUUCGAUGCGCUACUAAAGCUGCGCGGCCAAAAGCCGCAGGUUUUGAAGCUGUACCGGAAGGUGCACCGAUUCUCCGCGGUGUUGCGCUUCUUCACCAACAACGAGUGGUGCUUCCGCACCGGGCGGAUGCGCCGCGUGCUGGACGCAAUGGCGUCCGAGGAUCAUAAAUUCUUUCCCUGCGAUGCGAAAGCGAUCGAGUGGAACGAUUUCCUCGACCAUCAGAUUAAGGGGCUGCGGCAGUACUUGAUGCGCGAUCCGUGGAGCACCUUGGAGAAAUCGUUACGGCGCCACCGGUUGCGCACCUUCGUGCAUCGGUGCUUCAUUGGCGUCCUGUACGCUGGUAUGCUGUAUGUGGCGGUGACAUUGUUGCAUGGCUACGGAUUCAUCGAUUUCGAAGGGCUGCAGGAAAACAGUGCUGAGGAGUGUUUGGUCGAGGGAGUUGUUUGA